AGACACUUAAAGGGCUGUCUCGCUAGGCGGUAGCGGGAUGUGCCCGCACUGACCGCCCUGGGUCCGCGCCCGCCCCGACCCCGCGCCACCAUGUAAACGGCGCCCGCAGGCGGACGCCGGCUUCUCCGCCCGGGACCCCUUUGCCCUGCCCCGGGCCCCAGGGCCCUCGAUGAGGACACACCAUGCUGACCGGGGUGACCGAUGGGAUCUUUUGCUGCCUGCUGGGCGCGCCACCCAAUGCUGUGGGGCCGCUGGAGAGUGUGGAGUCCAGUGAUGGCUACACCUUUGUGGAGGUCAAGCCUGGCCGCGUGCUGCGGGUGAAGCAUGCUGGACCCGCUCCGCUCCCCACCCCACCUCCACCACUGUCAGACGCCGCCCAGGGGGACCAAUCUGGCUUGGUCCACUGCCAGCGCAGAAUCACCGUGUACCGCAACGGGCGGUUACUGGUGGAGAACCUGGGCCGGGCACCACGAGCUGACCUCCUGCACGGGCAGAACGGCUCUGGGGAGCCACCAGCCGCCCUCGAGGUAGAGCUGGCUGACCCAGCGGGCAGCGAUAGCCGCUCGGGCCCAGGCAGUGCUGGGAGUGGCAGUGGCGGACGACGGCGGCGAGCCCGACGCCCCAAGCGGACCAUCCACAUUGACUGUGAGAAGCGCAUCACCAGCUGCAAGGGCGCCCAGGCCGAUGUGGUGCUCUUUUUCAUCCACGGUGUCGGCGGUUCCCUGGCCAUCUGGAAGGAACAGCUGGACUUCUUUGUGCGCCUGGGCUACGAGGUGGUGGCGCCCGACCUGGCUGGCCACGGGGCCAGCUCAGCGCCCCAGGUGGCCGCCGCCUACACCUUCUAUGCACUGGCAGAGGACAUGCGUGCCAUCUUCAAGCGCUAUGCCAAGAAGCGAAACGUGCUCAUUGGGCAUUCUUACGGUGUCUCCUUCUGCACGUUCCUGGCGCAUGAGUACCCCGACCUGGUGCACAAGAUGAUCAUGAUCAACGGCGGGGGCCCCACGGCACUGGAGCCCAGCUUCUGCUCCAUCUUCAACAUGCCCACGUGCGUCCUGCACUGCCUGUCACCCUGUCUGGCUUGGAGCUUCCUCAAGGCUGGCUUCGCCCGACAAGGGGCCAAAGAGAAGCAGCUGCUGAAGGAGGGCAAUGCGUUCAAUGUGUCUUCCUUUGUGCUUCGGGCCAUGAUGAGUGGCCAGUACUGGCCCGAGGGCGAUGAGGUCUACCAUGCCGAGCUCACCGUGCCCGUCCUGCUCGUCCAUGGCAUGCACGACAAGUUUGUGCCGGUGGAGGAAGACCAGCGCAUGGCUGAGAUCCUGCUCCUGGCCUUCCUGAAGCUCAUCGAUGAAGGCAGCCACAUGGUGAUGCUGGAGUGUCCGGAAACAGUCAACACGCUGCUCCAUGAAUUCCUGCUCUGGGAGCCCGAGCCCUCGCCCAAGGCCCUGCCCGAGCCCCUGCCCACGCCCCCAGAGGAAAAGAAGUAGCCGCUGAGCUGGCAGGGUAGCGCUUAGUGAGCCGACGAGCCUGAGGAGGAGCCCGGAGCCGGAGUUGGGUCUGCCGCGCGGACCACCUACCUGGGCGGGCCGUUCGCUCCAGCGGGCGGGGUCAGGUCAGGGAGACGCCCCCCAGGCCGGCUGGGCAGGACGUGACGUUCGUGGGAGCCAGGUGGACACACCGCUCUCUGCUAGUCCUGCGGGACCCAUCGGUUUUUCGGGGCCAUAGCCGGGACCCCCGCGGAGGAUGACCUUGUACAGAAGCCCCCUACCCCACAACGCCAGGGCCGAGGCAGGCCACCACCCCGCUCUCUGUCUUCCGUGUUCGCCGUGCUUGAUCCUGGGACCCACGAGCCCCGCAGGGACCCUCGAGACCCCGCCCCAAUGCCCGAGACCCCUUACCACCCCCCCAUUCCUCGGCGCUGGGAGCUAUUGUGGCCCAAGGAGGGAGGGUUUGGGAGGGGGCUGGCACCACCGAACCCGCACAUCUCAACUUGUAACUCAAUAAAAAGAAGUGACAAUCUGA